CCAGACAACCGAUCGUUCAGUCUUUCGCUGAGCUUUGAGCCAUACACUACAGACUCAAUCAUCGAUCGUGCAACAAAAUUUAAUCAGUUCCAAUAGAAAAAAUGACUGUGUGCGACGAAUCCCUGUCAUCCAUCUGUCACUGAGACAUUCUAGUUUUAGUGUUCCUCUCAAUUUCAACGAGUUCUCGGACUUUCUCGAGGGCCUCUGGGCUUUCACCACUCAGAUGUACCCGAAGGGACUCACAAUGGCUGGAAAAUCAAUUCUCGGAUUUAUUCUCCUCUGGGGAAUCUGUCAAUGCGCCACAGAAUCAUAUCAACGUAAAACUGGCGUCAACGAGAGUACAAGAAUUUUCUCCCCCCGUAUGGAUUACGAGUGGACGCCCCUGGGCCGAGGAGAUCCCCUCAAGAAUGAUCCGACCUUCGACUACGUUCCCCCAGUGUUGGACCGUGUCCAGUACUGGUUGGGCGAUACCCAAACCACCGAGCCCUCCUCCAAACGCGAUGUCCUAGUCCUGGGGGUAACAGCCAAGAAGACGAGUCCUCAGAUACCCGAGCACUUUCUCAAGUUCAUGGAGACUCAAAAAUUCCCAGAAACUAAGCCGGGAAACUACUUGACCCGAGACUUCACUGGCAGCACCGGAGCUGAGCCCCCAAAGCUGAUCCGCACCACGAAAUUCCGUAGUGGUCCCUCCCCAGGGGACUUCAAGCACUCCACCAAGGAGCACUACCCCCUCUAUCCCGAGACAAACGACUUCUACUACUCGGAGAAGGAGAAGCCGUACACGAUGAUGCUUCCCCCACCUCUGAACUCGGUUCCCAAUAAUCUUCAAUUUGGACGUCCAGCGAAUGCCCCCAAGAAGCCGGCCUAUGACUCCUCCACGACGAUAUCAUCAAUUUCCUUCGAGAAGUCGAACCUCAUUUACCACCAGUCGAGUCACCAGGCAGUGGACUGGCCCUCCGCCCAUCCUCCCCACAGCCCCCAUCGGCCCCCGCACCAGAGCAAUCCGCCAUUGAUCCCCUGGCCCCAGGACUCCGACAAUUACGAACCUGACCAUCAUCACACUGCCUCCUCGAUGAAUCACGAGAUCAUCGUAGGUCCCAACGCAAACAUAAUCGUCGACGGUGGCGACAGCGUCGAAGACAAGGACAUCGUCGUGGGCCACAAGUCCCCGGAGCUGAACAUGUCUGUGAUCCUAGCGAAUACAUCAACGACUCCUGGAGACUACGAAUCCAAGAUCAAUGAGACGGUGAGUGUCGUGAUGCCGACGAAUUACAAUGAGAAUACCACGAAGAGCAUCUCCAGUGGGACGAGGACAAGUGCGGAGAUGACGACCGUAUCAUCAACUUCGUCAAUUGUGGAGAUGAGCGCGACGACGCCGUUCGUCCCUUCAACGACGACGAUGCCCCCUGCGAUAAUGGACAUGUCCUGGCAACAAGACCAAUCCCCACCUCCAAUGUUCCCGGUGAGACUCCCUCCUAAGGUUUUCAGAAGACCUAGUGUCCCUCACAGACCUUUGUUUGGCGCACCUCGGCCUGUGGGACCGAUGAUGAUGUUCAAAAAUGACGCUUUUCGGCCCACGACUGUCCGAUCUCCUCUUUCCUCGCUCCUGCAGAAAGAGGUGAGCACUACAGGACCGAUGAUGACUCCCACGACGACGACGACAACGACAACGACGACGAUGGCACCCACUACGACGACAGUCACCGAAAGCUUCACUACUGAUCCUAUUUUCUCGCACUACAAACAACCGGUGACUCCUCUCCAUGGACCUCCGUACUUGAUCAUCCAAGGUCACUCUAAGGUGAAGACUUACAAACCCACGAUCAACAAACAUGGGACACCUCUGGUGAUGGAGACCACUGUCCGACCCAUAUCCAAGUUCGAACAAUUUGUUAAUGAGAAUACGCGACGAAUGGAGUCCAAAACUACGACGGAGGGAAGUCUGACUGACGUAGAGAAGCAGAAGAGGAGCUCUGAUAGUCUUGUUAAUCUUGUGGAGAAAGGUAUCAGCGCUUUCACCGUUCCUGAGGAGUGAAUACCGACCCCAUCAACCGGGGACAUCUGAAUGUAAAGACUUGGGGAACUACGAUUUAUAAAAAUGGGGUACCGAAGUGAAGAGUUUAUUGAAUGAGAAUGUGAAAUUGGAUCUGGAGACUUGUGGAUCUUCUGGAGAAGUUGUAGUGGUUUCAUUGCUGUUGGGGGCUGACUGUGGUGAGUGUUAGAUAAUUGUGAGAGGUCGGUAUUCUUCAAGAUUAGCGCCAGUGCCAGUACACGAUAAGAAUGAAUAUUGUUUAUCGAUAGUGAUUACUUAACAUUAACACUAGUCUUAUAUUUUUUAACCAGUUACCAAACAGUAUACGUUACGAUCGUUAACAAAAUUGUUGAUUAUGAGAUGUAUUUAUUUGUUUAUGGAUCGGUUGGGGUAAGUUCCGUUGAGAACUAUAUCGUCAAAAUCAUUAUUUAUUUAUGUCCACCGGAUUGUGUGAGGACUGAUUUUAUUAGUUCACUAUUUGCGAACGGAACAUCACAUGAAGUGAGGUAGUCACUUAAAAUAUUUGUAUUCGAGGCGAGAAAUUCAAAUGUGGCGCGCAAUUGGUCUCGUUAUUUUUGUACUCGUGGACAUGUUCGAUGCAAAAUAGUUAAUUGAGGAUUUCUCAAGAGGGCUUAGCUCAACCGGACCUAUGUUAUUCAUGGACUUCAUUAGGGGUGCGGUAAGAAGUCAAGGGAAUUCCAGAAUUCCCUUCUGAUUUUUGCUGAUUUUUUUCGGGAAAGAAAUGGACAUUUUCUCGGCCAGCAAACGGCGCAAUUCUUCACUUCCCUGAGAUAAUUAAUUUAUUGUCAUUUAUAUAUAUAUAUAUAUAUAUAUUAUUACUGUAUAUCAAGCUUUAAAUAUUGUGCCGUAUUGUCGUGUCCUUAUCAUCGACUCAACCCAUUGUUAAUCGAUGAAUCAAGAUAGACAUUAAUUGAAAUAAAUUUGAAAGAAAUUCUGUACAUUCCCAGAUACAAACGAUAUGUUAUAGAGCUCAAAUAAAUAUCUAUUUCAUUGUCAAUGGAUGAACAUCAACAAGUCAACCUUGAAGUGAACGAAGAACUAGAGCUCGGACGUUGGUAAUCCAUACGGGAUACAAAAGUCCCCAUUGCACACCCAGUGAGGAAACUGGAACGACAUAAAAACUAACCCAAUAUUGUGAAUCGUCUUUUAUACUGAAUUGAAAUACUUGGAAAAUGUCUGUCUACUUGUUGCAUCUAUGCUGCAUCGUUCACUUCAUUGCCAACGUGUCUUCCUUUGUCCGGUUUAAAAUGCUACGUGAGUUCCAGAAACACACUGACGACUCUUCACAAUUCUUCGUAUCAUUCCGCCCUGAUAUCGGGAUCUUCAUUCCUGAAGAGUCAUUUCAAUCGCUUCCUGUCCUCGGCAAUUUCCCAUUGAAGACUUUUCCGGUUUUGGAUUUUUAUUGUUGGGUACACGGGCCAACACCGUAAUUUAAAAAAUAUGGGAGAAUUUAUUUUAUUUGUUUUUAUUGUUGUGAAAAAUAAUUAUCAUAAAUAUGAGGGUCUUUGGGGCAAUGGGGAGUGACUGACAGGUUGACGCGUGAUGAGAAGUUUAAUGCAUUCGGUUUCACAUUUUGCGGUCAGACAAUGGCUUCUACAGACCAUAAUGAAAUGGUGAAUGAACUGAAGAAACAAUGGCACGUCAUUAUUUAUUAGUAGACCGAGUGGAAAAUAAUUCGAACGUUAACAUCAAGACCUUUGACAUCGGGAGACGGCAGCUUCAUUCAUCUGUCAUUUUCUGAUCUGUCAUUGUCCGUAUUCAUGACUGUUUAUUUUUUAUUUAUUUAAUGCGACAGGUGACACUGAAUUUUCCGGGGAAAAAAUAAUUAAUUCCCUAACUUUAUUUCACUUUAUUCCCCCGGAUCUCCCGAUCAACCCGAUCAAAAAUACUGAGAGGAAAUGAAAAAAAAAUUGGAGUUAUCUUGGUAGUGACAAAGCGGAUGCGAUGCCCAGAAGAAAGUGUUUCCUGCACGAACUUCCGGAAGGAUAAAUUACGGAUGACCAGUCACUUGUUACUUCUCACAUCAUUAACGAUAAAAAAUAAUGAUUUUCAUCCUGAGAUUCUCAGAGCUGAUUCUCAAACAUAUAUCAUUAAGGAAAAGUGGAUGUUAAUGGAAGUCAGGAGAUAAUAAUCAGUUAUAAUUAACGUAAUUUGCCGGCGAUUUUCGAAGUGAGAGAUGGGUCAGGCUCUUACUUUUCAUCCUGAACAACAGGAACAUCGCGUCGAUUAUAAGCUUCAUAAUUGAUCAAUUUUCAAAUCAAUUGAAAGCGUAGAAUAUUGAAACGAAACCAGUUUAUCCUUCCCACAGAACAAUAUUACUUCAGUUGCGGUCCCGCAAUGAGGAAAAAAAAUUUAUUUUCCUCAUGCAUCGAAGCAUGAAUAUUGCGUCGUGAAGAAUGUUCUCCAUUGCCAUCAGUAGCAAUUGUCUGUGAUCAUUAUAGACUGCACGUCAAAACAAAAUCGUAAAUGCAUAAGGAAUGAACGCGAGAUGUGUCAUCAUAAUGUACAGCACGGUACCGUAGGAAUUUUUUUUACAUAUUUAAAUCACGAAGAAGAUACGUAAAAUUGUUUUUUACGGAAUGUCCUUGAGAACUCAGAAGAAUCAUCGACAGAAAAAUAGAAUUAU